AUGACAGCUUGCUCGGACUUGGUCGGCGGGCGCGUUACGCGCAUUUGACGCAUAUUUCUUGAACAUAAGCCACCACCAUGGUGAGGAUACCCCGGACCCCAUUGAAGUCCGCCCUCAACAGCUAUACGUUCUCUCGAACACCCAUCGCCAGCACCGGCACACGUCGUUCUCUGACCCUCUCAGCCGUCGAAGGCCCGGCCACUCCACCUCUCGAGACGCGCCCUCUCUACCAGUUCUUCAAGGAAGACAUCAUCGACAAGCACGGCUCGCGUCCAGCGUUUAUAUGCAGGGAGGAGCGACCGCGCUCGCACGGUGGACCGGUCUCACGCAACCUCGGCGUGCAGACGCACCUCGCAUGGGACUUUGACGAGUUCGACAGACAUAUCGGCGCCGCGGCGCGUGGGCUGCUCGCGAUGGCCGUGAAGAAGGGGGACCGGGUGGCAGUCAUCAUGGGGAACCACAGCGUUUAUGCGACGCUGCAGUGGGCGUGUGCGAGCAUAGGCGCAAUUUUGGUCACCAUAAAUCCGGCGUAUCGGUUACAUGAACUCGUCACGAAUCUCAACACCGCUGGAGUAAACCACCUUUUCAUCGUCCCGAGGCUCCGGAAGUCGCAGUACCUCAACGGCCUCGCUGGUCAAUUCCCGGACUUGAAAAACUCCCGUCCGGGUGACAUCCAAGAGCCCGCUAUACCGACACUCCGUAACUUAGUCGUCGCGAACAACUUCCCCGAUGAACAAGCAUUUGCAAAAGAGCUUGACAACGUCAAGAGUGCUGUGGACUGGCGGGAAAUCAUGAUGUGGCGGGAAGAUGGCAGGGAACGGAAAGAGGUAGAGGAGAUUGGGAAGACGUUACAUACUGACGAGGUCAUCAACCUGCAGUUCACCAGCGGUACCACCGGUGCACCAAAGGCUGUUUCUUUAACUCACAUGAACGUCCUGAAUAACGGACUUUCGAUUGGGAGAUGUAUGAACCUUGGGCCUACAGACGUGCUUUGCAAUGUACCUCCUCUGUUCCACUGCUUUGAUAAGUCUGGCAACCUAGCUGCUUGGUCUCACGCUUCGUGCAUCGUUUAUCCCUCAGAAACCUUCUGCGCCCCGUCGAUUGUUGACGCUGUCGUGAACGAGAAAUGCACAGCGCUGCACGGUGUUCCGACGCACUUCAUUGGCGUACUCGCCGAGCUGGAGAAACGGAUAGCCGCCGGAGAACGGCCAGACACGCGAAAUCUCAGGACUGGGAUCGCCGCGGGCUCUCCCAUACCCAUCGACCUGAUGCGAGAGCUUAUCGACAAGCUUAAUCUUACUGAGCUCACCAUCGCAUACGGCAUGACCGAGACGAGCCCUGUGUCGUUCCAAACCGUCGCGGCUGAUCCUAUCAACAAGCGUGUCGAGACUGUUGGUAAAGUUCAGCCACACGUAAAAGCCAAAGUCGUGGAUAAAGAGGGCAACGUCGCACCUGUGAACACCCCCGGUGAACUCCACAUAGCUGGGUACUUGGUGCACAAGGGGUACUGGAAUGACCAGGAGCAGACUGACAAAGUGAUGAAGCGGGAUGCUGAAGGCACCUUGUGGAUGCACACUGGAGAUGAGGCCAUCAUGGAUGAUGAAGGCUACCUCAAAAUUGUAGGAAGAAUUAAGGACAUAAUCAUCCGUGGUGGCGAGAACCUCUUCCCAGUCCAAAUCGAGAACGCCACGACCGCUCACCCGCUGAUCCGUGAGGCUGCGGCUAUCGCGGUGCCAGACACGAAGUACGGGGAGGUUGUGGGCGUCUGGGUCGCACCCCAUCCGGGCGCCCAGCUCUCGCGAGAAGAUGUGCGCCGACAAGUCGCCGGCAGCAUGAAUCCCCAGAAUGCGCCUUCCUGGGUGUGGUUCCUCGGUGAGGACGGUACACCCGAGGAGCUUCCCAAGACCGCCAGUGGCAAAGUCCAGAAACAUAUCUUAAGAGCGUGGAGUAAGGAGUUGGCUGUGAAAGGUAUCGGUAAAGUUUAGAUUACUUCAACUUAUGUGUUCUUGGCAUAUCGGAGUAUCAACCAUCAAUGAACGUUAAUGAACG